AUGGGAGGAGAUGAGAGGAGUCUGGAAGUGAGAGGUGAAGCCACGGUUGGCGAACUCAAGCAGCUCAUUUGUGAGCUCUUCAGAGAGCCUCCUUACAAACAGAGGCUUUCUGCCGAGAACGGUUCCUUUAUCAGCCUUGAUUCCAGAAAACUCAGCGAAUACGGUUUGCAUUCAGGCUCAGUUGUGAUCCUGCUCAUCAACAAACCUUUCCAGGUGUUUGUUCAAAACGAAAAAGGCAAAAUAGGAACGUAUGAUGUUGAUGUCAAUGAGACCGUAGAUCAGCUCCAGACUAAGAUCUACAACAAAGAGAGAGUCCCAAAGGAUCAGCAGAAACUGAUUUACAAAGGCAAACAGCUGGAGUCUGGCAAGAAGUUGCAAGACUACGGCAUCACGUCAGGAGACACCAUUUACAUGACUCUCCGGCUCCGAGGAGGUUCAUAGAGAUUUAUCAUUGAUCCAAUUCAU